CCGCGGCAAUACAGUCAAUGACGGGAACUCCGCAGGGCAAACCACACUUUCUUUUUUCAUUUCUGACACUUUCAGAUGGGACCUUUUCUACUCAACGUGAAUAUGACUUCUAUUAUUUGAUGCUCCAGAAUGGAAAGCCUCAAACGGACAAAGCGGACGCGUCCGAGCCAAAGCCUGAAACGCAAAGCGAGAAGACAGAAGCGAGCGAGAGCGCCGCGUCUCACCCGGAGAGUCAGACCACAGACCCCGGCUCCACUCAGGUCCCCCUGCCCCUGCCCGUCUAUCCCAAGCUAGAAAUCAAGCGUCAUGCCGUGACCGAGGACUACAAGGUCUCAAGUCAAGUGUUGGGUCUGGGUGUUAACGGCAAAGUGGUAGAGUGCUAUAACAAGAAAACCGGACAAAAGUGCGCGCUGAAGAUUCUGUACGAGUGUCCCAAAGCCCUGAGAGAAGUGGAGCUGCACUGGCGAGCAUCUGGAGGGCCACAUAUAGUUCGGAUCCUCAGCCUCUAUGAAAACAUGUAUCGUGGGAAAAAGUGUCUUCUCAUAAUUAUGGAAUGUAUGGAGGGGGGAGAGCUCUUCAGCAGAAUUCAGGUCAGAGGAGACCAGGCCUUCACGGAACGAGAGGCCUCUGAGAUCAUGAGAGACAUCGGCACAGCCAUCCAGUAUCUGCACAACAUGAACAUUGCACACAGAGACAUCAAGCCGGAGAACCUGCUUUACAAUAAUAAAGAAGACACUGGAGUUCUCAAACUAACAGACUUUGGCUUCGCUAAAGAGACUACACUGCAUAACCCAUUACAGACGCCUUGCUACACGCCGUAUUAUGUAGCACCAGAGGUUUUAGGUCCUGAGAAAUACGACAAAUCAUGUGAUAUGUGGUCUUUGGGUGUGAUCAUGUACAUCCUGUUGUGUGGAUUCCCACCUUUCUACUCCAACACAGGACAGGCUAUUUCACCAGGAAUGAAGCGGCGCAUUCGCAUGGGCCAGUACGAGUUUCCUAAACCGGAGUGGGCUGAAGUAUCUGAGGAGGCCAAACAGUUGAUUAACCAGCUAUUGAAGACCGACCCCAAUGAAAGAAUGACCAUUGAACAAUUCAUGAACCACCCCUGGAUCAACCAAUCCAUGGUGGUUCCCCAAACGCCUCUCCACACCACACGAGUGCUGACAGAAGACAGCGAGAUGUGGGACGAGGUCAAGGAAGAGUUAACCAGUGCAUUGGCCACCAUGCGUGUAGAUUACGAGCAGGUGAAGAUUAAGGACUUGGAUGCCUCCAGUAACCCCUUACUGAACAAGAGACGCAAGAAAGCAGCAACAGGGGAGAAGAGCGGAGGAAGCGGAUGCAGUAGCCAAUGAUGGACUGGAGAUGAAGAACAGACAGAUCAAUGACCCAAAGGGAAGUGCAAGGUCAGAUAAAAGAGUCAAGAGCAAGAAUGAAAGCAUAGGGAAAUAGAUGGGCUCUCCAUAGAAGAACAGAGGAUGGAUGGCUCAAGGGAAAAGGCAAGAACAGGACACAAUUUUUGUUGAUAAACAAGAAAAAAUUGGACAGAAUGCACAUGUAUACAGAGGAAGUCUUUGUUUCUACCACCAGCAGUGAAGAAUUUUUAAAAAAGCUGCUUUAAAAUCCUUUCAGCUGUAUGUGAGUGUUCAUUAAUGUCUAUUACUUGAUACACGCUAUUCACACAAUGUAUGUGUUAUAUAUGUGUAUUCGUAUACAAUGUGUUUCUGUGUUUCUCAUUAGUCCUAUCAUGCAGUUCACUCCAGAGACUUAAAGUAUUAGCUCACCCAAAAAAAUGAAAGUUUGAUGAAAAUCUACUCACCAUCAGGCCAUCCAAGAUGUAGAUGAGUUUGUUACUUCAUCAGGACAGAUUUGGAGAAAUGUAGCAUUACAUCACUUGCUCACCAGUAGAUCCUCUGCAGUGAAUGGGUGCCGUCAGAAUGAGAGUCCAAACAUCUGAUAAAAACACCACAAUAAUCCACACCACUCCACUCCAGUAGUUAAUAUCUUGUCAGGUGAAAAGCUGCAUGUUUGUAAGAAAGAAAUCCAUCAUUAAGAUGUUUAGAAACUGAUACAUCUUGGAUGGUUUAAGGGCGAGUAAAUUAUCAGCAAAUGUUUAAAAAAAAUUGGUGAACUAACACUUUUAUUUGUAAAUGUUUGGCCUUUUUUAUUGCAAAUAAAAAUGUUAAAUAUUCA